CCUUCAGGAGUUCUUCAGAGUUGCUAGACCACUUCUGCAUCUCGAAACCACCUGCCUUUAGUAAUGCCUUAAUUUCUUUACAGGUUUCUUUCAUUUCGUCGAGAUCUUCGUGUCCUGUCAUAAGGUCAUCCAUGUAGAAUGAGUUUCUUACUACCGCCGCUCCUCGAGGGUAGUUGACUUGUUCAUCAUCAGCCAAACGUUGAAGAGUACGUACAGCCAGAUGAGGUGUCGCUGCUGUACCGAAUGUAACUGUAAGUAGCUUAUAACUAUCUAUUCUUUCAGAUGUGUUAUCCCGCCAUACAAUGCGUUGUAAGUCUGUGUGUUUGUCAUCCAUUCUUACCUGACGAUACAUCUUUAUAAUAUCGCCAACAACACAGAUUUUGUGAGUUCUCCAUCUAAAUACCAGACUACGUAAGUCUGGCUGUAUUGUAGGUCCUACCAUCAUGCUGCUGUUUAAAGAACAUCCGUUUGGGGCCUUUGCUGACGCGUCAAAAACUACGCACAGCUUCGAUGUCUCUUUAUCUUCUCUUAUUACAGCACAAUGAGCUAGAUAUACUGCAUUAUCUUCGUCUUCUGGGUCGACCUUCUUCAUGUGGCCCAGCUGUAAGUAUUCGUGUAUUACCUUAGUGUAUUCAGCUUUCAGAUUCUCGUUCCUUGCGAACUUUCUUUCCAGCUGCUGUAGCCUCACUACUGCCUGAUGCUUUGUAUCUCCACACGAUUUUACAGUGUCUUCAAAGUUUGUCUUUAAAGGAAGUUGUACUACGUACCUCCCUGUGUCGUCUCUCCUUGUUGUUUGUUGAUAUAUUUCCUCGCACCGUUCUUCCUCCUUUGUCCACAUGCUCUGCUUCGUGUAUAGUUCAGAUUCAACCUCCCAAAACUUCUUCAGGAGAUUAUUAUCCUCUUCAAUUUGUCCAGUAACAUGUAGACUUGUAAUGUGCUGUGAAACAGUAAAUGAUGUAUUAUUAUUACCCCCUGACAAAAUCCAGCCCAGGUGUGUUUUUUGUGCAAUAAAGUUUCCUGGUCCCUUCAUUAAACCUGCUUCUAGGAUUUUGCUGUAAACUUUCGCACCAAGGAGAAUAUCAAUCCUACCGGGUGAGCCAAAGGUGGGGUCAGCUAAAUCUAUUUCGUAAACUUGUGGCCAAUUAAGACUUCUAAUUUCCCUAGAUGGUAGCUGACGGGUUAUAGUUUUCAAUACAUAAGCAUCUACAUUUAAACAAUAGGAAAUAUCGUACCUUGAUUGAAUGUUCAACGUUACCCUAUGCUUGAUUGUCGUCUCACACUCUUCAACGGCAGAGAUCACUCCGCUGACCUUGGUUUUCUUCAAACCCAGCAAAUCGACCGCCCUUGCAGUCGCGAAGGACUCCUCCGAGCCCUGGUCGACGAGAGCCCGCAGCACGUGUGACUGCCCCGACUCCGCUGUGACGUGCACCAAUGCUGUCGUCAGCAAGGUGCCUAGACCAGGUUGUAGACCUCGUGAUGCGCUCGACGACGUGUGCGCAACAACGACGAAUGUGCACUUCACUUCGCUCGUUGCAGUUACAUGAAACAUCUUUGUUUUCACAGGUUUGUAUACUUUACUUGCAGGUUCAACCAUCUCCAGGGUACGAAAUCUGUUUUCCAGGAACGAUUUUAAUUUAUCAAAACUAGGUAAGUCGUCAGACUCAUCUCUGCUAAUUAACUCUUCCCAUUCCUUGUGAGUGCUCGAGUCCAGUUUUGAUACUAUAGAAUAGUUAACGAUUGCGUCCCAAUGAUUUGUAGGUAAGCCUAGAUGUUUCAGUGCACUCAUACAUUCUACCGAAGUGUCUAACAGUUGUCUUAAAGCUGUAGCUGAUUCUUGUGUUAUCGUUUUUUGUGUAUAGAAUUUCUUAAAAACACAGUUCGCUAUAUAUCUCUUAUUGGCAUAACGUUUCUUCAGUACUAACCAAGCUUCCUUAUAAUUUUCAGCAGUUAUAGAAAAUUGUCGUAACAAUGCUUCCGCUUCUCCAGCUAAACUGCUCUUUAGAUAAUGUAGCUUCUGAACAUCUUGUAAAGAUUCAUUGUUAUGCACUAAUGCCAUAAAUAAGUCAUGGAAAGACUGCCAUUCAGUGUAGUUGCCAUUAAAAGAAGGUAGCGAAAUU